AAGAUAAUCUUUGCAUCUCCCGUUCCCGGUCUCAGUUUAUGAGAGGGGGAGUUUUUUAGUCUGUAAGCUGCAUCAGGGUCUCAAUUAUAGAGGUCUUGACGUUAAGCUAAAAGGGGAGCUCCGGUCUAGUACGCUUCCCUCUGAUUAAGCCUAGCUCAUACCUUUUCCUUCUUCUUCGUCUUCCUCCUCCUCCUCCUCUUCCGGCCGGCUCUAGUCUUCUUGCUCUUGGCGACUGAGAGCAAUGUCUCCUGUGCCCAGCCCACAUCAGUCGCACCUUCUAGGCCAUGGAUCAAGGAAGGAGAAGCGGAUGAGGAAAGUUGAUACCUUUGCGCCCCACAACGACGGCCACCAAUGGAGGAAGUACGGCGAGAAGAAGAUUAACAACUGCAACUUCCCCAGGUACUACUACAGAUGCACCUACAAGGACAACAUGAACUGCCCAGCGACGAAGCAGAUUCAGCAGAAGGACCACAGCGACCCCCCAUUGUACCAGGUCACCUACUACAACGAGCAUUCCUGCAACAGCGCCUUCCUCGCCCUCACCCCCACCGAGUUCCAGCUGCAGACCGCGUCCGGGAAGGCUGUCUCCAUCUGCUUCGAUUCAUCCGGGGCUCAAGAGCCGGGAGGAGGCUCGCCGUCUUCGAGCACGGCGGCGCCACGCGGCGCGCCGUCGGAGAACAAGAACCAGACCCAGACCACCCUCAAGCUCCGGUCAGAAGCGCUUUCCUGGGGCCCCGGCGUCGUGGAGCAAAAGCCCGAGCUCCAGUCCUGCAGCACCGCGUGCCAAGACGCGUAUUCCGCCGCGACCAUGUCUGAGGACAUAGAUGCAGGCAGAUUCGGCUCUAUCAGAUUCUUCCAUUUUUUGUAAAUGGGAUCAAUGGAAGACACUUCUUGAUUUUUACCUCAAAGAACUAAUAUGAUACACAUCUUCUUUUUUUCCCAUCUGCAUGCUAGAGCACCAGGUAUUCGCAUGCCAGAUGUGGACAAGAUUUUCUUAGUUCAAUUGGAAUACCACUGCUAAUUCGGAUGGCAGAGUUCAGUUCUGCAAACUCUCAUGUUA